GCGAGCGCAGAGCAGCCGCCGCCGCGGGCAGCGGGAGCAGCAAGCGGCCGGGGGCCGGCGGGCAGCGGGGGCCGCCUACCUCUCGCCGCUCCGGGUCGGUCGCCCGCUUCGGUGGGUUACCCGACCCGGUUGCCCACCCGCUUUGCCCCGGCCAUGGGCAGCCCUUAAGUCCCGCAGCCACCAGCACUCAGCGCCGCCCGAUCAAAAAUGACUGUCAAAGCUGGAAAGAUGCCGUGCAGCACUCCCAACGUUUAUACUAAAGUGCCUGAUGGAGGAUGGGGUUGGACAGUUGCUUUUGCUUUCUUCUUUGUGGAAGCUCUGACCUAUGGCAUCUUAAAAUCGUUUGGGGUCUUCUUCAAGGACCUGAUGGAAAGCUUUGAUGAAACCAACAGCAGGAUCUCCUGGAUAAUAUCCAUAUGUGUGUUUGUGCAGACCUUCACAGCUCCUCUGUCAACAGUGCUCAGCAAUCGCUUUGGUCACCGCUUGGUGGUGAUGGCCGGAGGGGUGCUGAUCAGCACCGGCAUGGUCAUCGCCUCCUUUGCCCGCAGCGUGGUGGACAUGUAUGUCACCAUCGGCCUCAUCUCUGGCCUUGGGUACUGCCUCUCUUUCCUCCCGACUGUCACCAUUCUGUCACAGUAUUUUGACAAAAGACGUUCGCUGGUCACAGCAGUGGCAUCUACAGGGGAAUGUUUUGCUGUCUUCUCCUUUGCACCAGCAAUUACAGCUUUGAAGGAGCAGAUUGGCUGGAGGUACAGCCUGCUUGCUGUCGGGGUGUUACAGCUAAGCAUCGUCGUCUGCGGAUCGCUGCUGCGGCCCAUCGUCAUCAAAGAGGAAGAGGCAGCCAAAGCUCAGCCUCGGGAGGAGCCCACGGAGACCAAGUACAUGCUUGAAAACGAGCAAACACGCACCUCAAUCGAGUCCAUCGACUCAGGAGUAGAAAUAACUACCUCACCCAGCAACGUGCCUGGAAAAACCAAAGCGGAGCCCAAAAGCGAAGAACCAAAGGAACACGUACAGAUGCUUGUUGAAACUGACAGCAGCCCUGCGGAACCAAAAACCAAGCUCCUGGACUUCUCUGUGAUGAAAGACUGUAGUUUUAUCUGUUAUGCAUUCUUUGGCCUGUUUGCUACCCUGGGCUUCUUCGCUCCUUCCCUUUACAUCAUUCCCUUGAGCCUCAGCCUCGGCAUCAGCAAAGACCACUCUGCCUACAUCCUGUCGGCCAUGGCGAUCGCGGAGGUCUUCGGCAGGGUUUCUGCCGGUUGGGUGCUCAACAAGCAGCCCAUCCGCAAGAUCUACAUCGAGCUCAUCUGUGUCAUUCUGCUCUCUGUAGCGUUGGUUGCCUUCCCUUUUGCCUCUGAGUUCUGGGGCUUGAUGACAUGUAGCAUAUUUUUUGGGUUCAUGCUCGGGACGGUAGCGGGCACACACAUCCCCCUCCUGGCAGAAGAUGAUGUGGUUGGCAUUGAGAAGAUGUCUUCUGCUGCUGGAGUCUAUGUCUUCAUUCAAAGCUUAGCUGGCUUGGCAGGACCACCCCUUGCAGGUGUCUUAGUGGAUACAACACAGAAGUACAGCUCAGCCUUCUACUCCUGUGCUGCUGGCAUGGUCCUGGGUGCUGUGUUCCUGUCCCUGGUGAGACCCUGCAAGGUUGGGCUGUGCCAGUGGCGGCAGCAGCAGAGCACAGAGGAGAGCGCGGCGGCGGCGGCGGCUGUGGCGGUACCAGACUUACCAGAUGACUUUAUUGACAUGGAUAUUGGGAAAGGAGAAAAUUCAGGAAAAGCCUCUGACAGUGCCCCAUAAAAAGCCUGCCCCUCCUCCUCCACCACCUAACAUACAUCAGCUCUGCUCCACGUUUUAAACCCACCAUUCCGAAGGGAAUGUGAAAGCUGAAAUGUGAACAGUUGCCACCAACAACUUCUCUUCCUUUUGGUUAUUAAUGCUAGAAAGAACUUUCUCUUUUUGCAAACCAACAAUGGAAAGCUCCAUAGAACAUACAGAUAGCCCCACAAGAAUAACAUCUGUCUAGCAUGAAGAUGUGAUGCACACUCCUGCUAUGCUGAUAACGACCAUAGGUAAAGGUUCAACCUAUCCCAGAAGAAGAACUGACAGCACCAACAGCAGAGGCAGCUCAGUCUCUGACUGCCCUCACCCAUCCCCUACCACAAAUUCCACUCAGCCAAGAAACUGAUGACACAAAAAGUGGACAUGAGCAUUUCCUACACCACCAGUAGCCAACUGAACCUUUCUUCAGGAAGAACAUGGACUUGUGUGUUGGAUUGGAGGAGGAGGCUAGGCUAAGUAGCUGACUUUUUAAACCAUUGCUCAUUUUCUUCUACUUAACUUGAAUGUCACAAGUGCUGGGAAAUUGGAGGCUCCACCUGUCUUUUAUGGCCAGUUAUUAACUGCACGUGUUCUAGAAAGAUCAUUUUUCUUCUCCUGAUUUGGUAAUGCUUAGAACUGGUUCUCUCUCAAUAGAUCUGAUGUACUGUUCCCUAAUUUAACUAGUAUUUAUUAAUUUAUUCUUGAGCUUGGUAAAGGAGGUUAGCUUCAAAGAACCGGAGAGGAAAAAUCAUCUUUGGCCUAAAGGGAAAGCUGACUUUUCACAAUCAAUCUCUCUACCACCUAUCUUGUAUUGCUAGCUUGUGAAAUUGUUGGGAAACUUUAACUCUUACAGCAUAGAGUGUAGCUGUUUUUUAAUAGGUAGGUCUUAGGUAACCCCAAUUGUUUUAGUUUUAAAAGGGGGGGGGGGGAAAUCCCCACCCCAACCCAUCACCAACCCAAACUAUAAACUGCAUAAAGCCUCAGCUGCUGUCAGUAGAUCUAACUCUACUGCCACCAGAGUAGAUCUAGCUCUGGUCAAAACCAGCCCACCCUACAGGGAGGAUUUGGCCCAGUAUGUCUUAAUGUACCCAACCCCUUUUAUUUCUUCAACCAGGUGCACAAGGAAAUCUUUGCCACAUCACCAAGUGAAUGUGGGACCUCACCACGUUACCCAGCCCUUCGCACUCUGCUCCCUCUAGCUGCCAGCUCUGGGGGGCUCAGGGUGGCUGCUCAGAGCUGUAGCCCCUUCCCUGGCUCUUCUUGCUCCUCCAAAGUCAGCAGGAAGGUUUUGUUGCUUUCUUUUUUUUUGCUGCUGACUUGGGUGAACUUGGAGCCUGUGGCACAGGGUUGAAGGCAGGAAGGGAAUAAAAGACAUGGUACUGGCUGUUCAUCUAGUCCUAACAGGAGCAAUUCCUUCCUCAUAGGUGACACAAGCUUGCUUACCCCACCUAUAUGCAUCUUAACGCCUCUAGGCAACUCAGGGGGACAACUAACAAGUCUGUUAUGGUUUGGGGAAGGGGAGGAAGGGGUUAAAAAAAAAAGGCAAGAAACCCCAAAUCCCAAACCAACAUUUCUGUGUGUUUAAGUGGAAGUGGCAUCAUGCAUUAACUGCUACGCUGACCUGUCUGUAUUUUUACCAGCCAUAGAAACGUGGGACAAUCUGAAAACAACCUCUUUUCAGGGGAGAGGGAAGGGGGAGGGGAAGGUGCUUGAUUUGUUUUGUCUGUCUUUUAGAUGUUCAAAAAAAAGAGAAAAUAAUACUUAAAAAAAAAAAAGAAAAAGAAUAAAAAGAAGAUAAAAAAAAAAGGAAAGAAACAGGCACUCUUGCAACCAAGUGGCUAGAGCAAUUCAUCCUCACUGCCCAAGACCUCUCGGGUCUUGUGUCCUUCCUCUGCCUCAGCACUUUAAUCACAGCCAGCAGAACCUCGCUGCGUUGCACCCAGGACUGGAAGAAGCCCUUAUAGACAGGGAGGAGAGUUUUGGUGACUCUCCAGUGAGUGAAAUGAACAAAACUGAUGAUGAUGAUGAUGAUGUUGCAUUGAGAUGUGCUUUUUUUUCUCCUUUUUUUUUUAAUUUAUUGUUUAAUUUAUGAAUACCUUCAAGCAUUGUUCUGUUCUCUGGUAAAUGUUCUGUAGAGUCGUUGGAUGAGUUGAAGUCUUUUUUUUUUUUGUUGAUUACCAGACCUCACUACAGCACUUUGCUAUUACAACUCUUGCUUGGAAGUGGAAUUUGAAGACCUCCAGGUUUUACAUGUGUAUGUGUGUGUGUGUGUGUGUGUGUAAGCUUCCCUGUUCUGCAGGUUCCCGAGGUUCUACUGUAACUUUUAACCUUUUCUUUUGUUGGGGUUUGUUUUUUUGGCAACAAUUUCCAAUACAGAUCAAAUAAUAAUGUUUGUCACUGACCUCACCCCUGACGUUUCUGUUCCUGUCUGUAGCAGCAGGAGCAGGGGAGCGAAUGAGUUGUGUGUGUGUUGCGGGCGCAGAAGACCCAGAAGCAGGCUUUAAAACGUGUUCAAAGCAGGACUUAACUGAUCUGUUUGUAAUGUACCUAAUGGACUCUGGAAAUCCUCUAAACCACUGAGUUUUGCAAUAAACUUUUUUUUUUUUCCUA